ACUUGAUUGGUGGUCCCUUAGACUUGUUCUAGUAGAAGGCCUGAAAUCGCCCAGCCUCUCCAAGAUCGGGAAAAACCGAUCACCUUCUCCACGGUUAUCACCAUGAAGCUGCUCGCACUGGCUGUGCUGUUCCUCACCGUCUGCAGCCUUGAGGGGGCCUUGGUUCGGAGACAGACAGAGGAACCAAGUCUGCAGGCGGUGUUGUCCCAGUACUUCCAGACCGUGACUGACUACUUCAAGGACCUGAUGGAAAAGGUCAAGGCCCCGGAGCUUCAGACCCAGGCCCAGACUUACCUUGAGAAGGCGGAAGAGCAUCUGCUACCCCAGAUUAAGAAGGUCGGAACUGAUCUGUUUAACUUCUUAAGCAACUUCAUCAACCCCAAAACACAACCUGUCGCCCAGUGAGGUGUUCAGACCAUUGUCUUUCAUCCCCACGGGCCCCUAGAACACCCACCAACCAAGCCAAGAGCCCCUCUCCCUACCCACUCAUGUUUUCUAUAAUACAAUAAAUGAGGAGUCAAACUGUGA